AUGCAGGGAGCUAAGGUGGCCCCCGUCGGGUUCUUCGGAAAGUACCCUGCUCUCGUAACCGGGUUCUUCUUCUUCAUGUGGUAUUUCUUGAACGUGAUAUUCAACAUUCUCAACAAGAAGAUCUACAAUUACUUCCCGUAUCCUUAUUUUGUGUCGGUUAUUCAUUUAUUCGUUGGUGUGGUAUACUGCUUGGGGAGUUGGGCUGUUGGCCUUCCUAAGCGAGCUCCGAUUGACUCAAACAUCUUGAAGUUGCUCAUCUCAGUUGCCGUGUGCCAUGCACUUGGACAUGAUACUAGCAAUGUCUCGUUUGCAGCAGUUGCAGUCUCAUUCACCCACACAAUCAAAGCCCUUGAGCCUUUCUUCAAUGCUGCUGCUUCUCAAUUCAUACUUGGACAAUCGAUACCUCUAGCAUUAUGGCUGUCACUGGCUCCGGUUGUCCUUGGUGUGUCCAUGGCAUCACUGACUGAAUUGUCUUUCAACUGGACGGGAUUCAUCAGUGCUAUGAUAUCCAACAUUUCCUUCACUUACAGGAGCAUAUAUUCGAAGAAAGCUAUGACUGAUAUGGAUAGUACUAACUUGUAUGCCUACAUCUCUAUUAUUGCCCUCUUCGUCUGUAUUCCACCUGCCAUAAUUUUUGAGGGACCACAACUGAUAAAGCACGGGUUUAGUGAUGCAAUUGUUAAAGUGGGCUUAACAAAGUUCAUCACAGAUCUCUUCUGGGUGGGAAUGUUUUACCACCUCUACAAUCAGCUGGCAACAAAUACUCUAGAGAGAGUGGCACCACUUACGCAUGCAGUCGGAAAUGUGUUGAAAUGUGUUUUCGUGAUUGGCUUCUCGAUCUUAGCCUUUGGUAAACUCACCUCGGCUUAA